AUGGCGCGCAACAUCGUAACAGUAACUUUCAUUUUGUGUUUGAUAUUAUUUUCAGCAUUGUCAGUGAGAUAUGAGCCGAACUGGGACUCUCUAGAUUCCCGUCCAUUACCUCCCUGGUACGAUGCAGCAAAAGUUGGGAUAUUUAUUCACUGGGGAGUGUUUUCUGUGCCGAGUUUUGAGUCGGAGUGGUUCUGGUGGGACUGGGAAGGGGUGAAAACCAACAGUGCAGUAGAAUUUAUGAAAGCGAACUACCCUCCCGAUUUCACUUAUGCAGAUUUUGCUAAAGAUUUUAGAGCUGAAUUCUUUAAUGCCUCAGAAUGGGCAGAGAUUUUCCAAGCUUCUGGGGCACAAUAUGUUGUUUUAACGAGCAAACACCAUGAAGGAUACACUAAUUGGCCAUCUGUGUUCUCAUUUAACUGGAACUCCAAAGACGUGGGACCAGCCAGAGAUCUUGUGGGAGAGCUAGCUACAGCCAUCAGAAAUCAAACUGAUAUGUUUUUUGGACUGUAUCAUUCUCUGUUUGAAUGGUUCCAUCCUCAGUAUCUACAGGACAAAGCCAACAAAUGGCAGACUCAGAAAUUUGUGGAGAGUAAAACAAUGCUGGAGCUGUAUGAGAUUGUGAACCGGUACAAACCAGAUGUGAUCUGGUCUGACGGGGAUUGGGAAGCACCAGACACUUACUGGAACUCGACAAACUUCAUAGCCUGGCUGUACAAUGAUAGUCCUGUCAAAGAGAACGUUGUGACCAAUGAUCGAUGGGGCCAAGGGGUUAUGUGCAAGCAUGGAGGAUUUCUUACCUGUUCUGACAGGUAUAACCCAGGGAAGUUGCAAAAGAGAAAGUGGGAAAAUGCCAUGACAAUUGACAAGCAGUCCUGGGGUUACCGUAGAAAUACAAAGCUGUCUGAAUUUCUGACCACUGAUGAGCUCAUCGGAACACUUGUGGAAACAGUCAGCUGUGGGGGAAACAUUCUGGUUAAUGUGGGUCCCACCAGUGACGGUAAGAUUAUCCCUGUGUUCGAGGAGAGGCUGAGGGAAAUGGGACAGUGGUUGAAGAUCAACUCUGAGGCUAUUUAUGGAUCUCACCCCUGGACCUAUCAGAAUGAUACCAUCACCCCUAAUGUCUGGUAUACAGCUGUAAAAAUCAGCAUGGAGCAAAUGUUGUACGCAAUAUUUCUAGACUGGCCCACCAAUAAAACAGUUCAUCUUGGAAUUCCUAAAACAGCAGAGUGGACCACUGUAUAUCUAGUGGGUCAUGAAGACAAGCCUGUGAACUUUACAACCUUACACCCACAGGGGGUCCUUCUAGAGAUCCCUCAAAUUCCUACUGAGGAAUUACCCUGUCAGUGGGCAUGGACAUUUGUGUUUCAGGGAGUGCUACAGUACACCAAACUUACGAUAAGCACCACUACUGCUAUCUAUGCCAUUGUUCUUGACUGGCCAACCAAUGGCACACUCCGGCUCGGGGCACCAAAGUUAGACAACACAGGGGUCAUUUACCUGCUGGGUUAUCAACAGCAGGUUAAAUUCAAGCCAGAGGCCCAAGGAGGGAUAACCAUUCAACUUCCUGUGUUUGCUGAUGGGAAAAUGCCCUGCAAGUAUGCCUGGGCUUUCAGAAUGCUGGGGGUUCAGAAUUAGAAAUCCACUAAUAUCUAGGAUUAAAUAUUCUAUUUAUAAAGAAAUCCUUGUAUAUGUGAUAACACUAUUAUUUACCUAAGUAUGAUACAUUUGUUUUGAUGUUUUCCUAUCUUUAUAAUAUAUUUGAGUAAAAAAAAAGUAUUUUCUGUUUGAUGAGGUGUUAUAGCCUGAGGGUCUAAAUGUACCUUUCCUUUGGUAACUGUAUUUUUCUGUUAUGAAUUUAUACAUAUAUGUAAAUGUAUUAAUACAUAUCUUAAUAUCCAAUACAUUCAAAUGCCUUCUUAUUGUUAUAUAUACAUGUGUGGACAUUUCAGUACUUAAAAUUAUGUUGUGCAAUAUUUAAUAUAAAUCACAAUAUUUUUAAAUAUGGAGUUGUAGAAUAUUUAUAAAUAUGGAGUUAUCUCUGAGAAAAAAUCUCAGAUGGACAAAUAACUCCAUAAAAUACAUUCCAGACAUAUUUGAUACAAUUUUCAAUGUUUAUUUUUCUUAUAUGUAUACAUACUUGUAAGUAUUAAUAUACACUUUAAUUAAAUAUUUUGUUGUGUUAUGAAUUAAAGUAAAUAAUACAUGUACAUGUACGUUUAUUCUGGUUGUGAGGUAUUGCUGCAUGUAAUGUAUAGUUUUCGGAAAUUAGCAAAUGCUAACUUUAAAAAAAAAAUGUUUUAUUUUUUAUUGAAUGCAAAGAACUAUUUCUCUCUUAGCAGUUAGUUGAUGAUGCAUAAAAUUGCAGCAUACUUUACCCUUAAUUUGUGAAAUAGGUUCAUUUUUUGCUUAUUUAUUUGCCUCCAACAAUGUGAUAAUUUAUUAUCCCUAAUGACAAUUAUUAUCAAUAGACUGUGAUGUUUUGUAUUUACAGUUCAGUGCAUUUUUAGCUUUGUAUAGCAAUAUUAUACCUGUCAUUAUUGAAACAUAAAUUUGCUAUUUCUUAGCCACAGAUAGCUUUUCAAUGUUUAAUUUAAGUAAAGUUAUACAUUUAUGUACAAAUAUUGUUUUAUGCACAUUGAUACUGAAUGUAAUAAUA